UUGCAGAAAGAGCAACAGCGGCAGCAGCAGCAGCAGUGUGAUUGGAGUUCUUCGGAAGCAAUCCAAAAUGAUCCAGCGAUUGAGCAAGAUGAGCAAGAUUGUGCUGCUGGUAGCAGUGGCAUUGAUGCGCUAGCAGUGCUGGCUGAUGCAGCACUGGCUGCAAACUCCGAACAAUUCUCUCUACCGCAUAGUAUGUCACGCGAAAUCCCAGCACUACCGUUCGAUGAGCGUCUCUCAACAGGGGCAUGCCCAGUGCCACCACCCAAAGCUCUCUGCCAUCUUUGUGGCUCAAGAAAUACAAAUUCAACGUUAAUACAGUGCGAUUUUUGUGCUCUUUGUUAUCACCUUGAUUGCUUAACACCACCGCUUUCUUCAACACCAAAGGACAAGUGGAUGUGCCCCGCUCAUGUUGAACAUAUCCUAGAUCAAAAAUUUGCCAAAACUCUUUCUUUGCAACAACGGCUACGAUUUUGGAAUAAAUACGCAAGACAACCGGUUGACGAGUAUGCUGUCAAAUUAUCAUUCCUCAAAAAAGCUUCUGAAGAGCGAAAGGACUCAAAAAUUGAGGAGAAUCAAAAGUUCGCUGUUCCUGAGUGCAUCAAAGAGCUUUACCAGAAACGAUGGAAUCACUGGAAGAAAAAUGAACUACCGGCUGAAGAGGAGCAAGACGCGUGGUUCUCGAAUAUACUGCGGUUGCAAAAAAUGCAAGCUCAACUGGAUUUAUGCCAGCAAAGUUGUCCAAAAUCGACCAGCAAACGGGAUAAUGUUGAUCCAAAAGAAACAGAAGCUUCUGGGGAUCCUGAGUCAGAGCUGGCAAAAACUAAGGAUUCAGCGACCAGUCUGGGAUUCGACGUGACUGAACAAGAUGAUAUUUAUGCACAAUGCGCUGGAUUGGCCAAUUUUAUCGAGUUACCUUUUUUGAAACAAAUUCGUCGUGAAUGUCUUUCGUUGAUGGAGAAUGCUGAAAAUCGUGAAACUCGCAUCAUUGGCUUGCUGGCAUAUCAGAGGCUUGAACAGUUGUUAUGUGCUGCAGGAUAUAAACAAAAUAUGAAUCGUUUAAAAUUUGAGCAAAGUUAG